AUGGCUCCCUCCAACCUGCCCUCCGUCAUGAACGCCACCAGCCAGGACAUCGAGACCCUGCUGGCUGCUCAGUGCCACCUCGGUAGCAAGAACCUUCAGGUUCACAUGGAGAACUACCUCUGGAAGACCCGUGCUGAUGGUGUCAACGUCAUCAACGUCGGCAAGACCUGGGAGAAGAUUGUCCUGGCCGCCCGUGUCAUCGCUGCCAUUGACAACCCCGCCGACAUCUGUGUCAUCUCUGCCCGUCCCUACGGUCAGCGUGCCGUCCUCAAGUUCGCCGCCCACACUGGUGCUACCGCCAUCGCUGGUCGCUUCACCCCCGGUUCUUUCACCAACUACAUCACCCGAUCUUUCAAGGAGCCCCGUCUGAUCAUCGUCACCGACCCCCGAACCGACGCCCAGGCCAUCAAGGAGGCUUCUUACGUCAACAUUCCCGUUAUUGCCCUCGCCGACACUGACUCUCCCACCGAGUACGUCGAUGUCGCUAUCCCCACCAACAACAAGGGUCGCCACGCUAUCGGUGCCGUCUGGUGGAUGCUCGCCCGUGAGGUUCUCCGCCUCCGUGGUACCAUCUACAACCGCGAGACCCCCUGGGACGUCAUGGUCGAUCUUUACUUCUACCGUGACCCCGAGGCUGAGGCUGAGGACAAGGUCGAGGAGGAGAAGCUCCCCGGCGCUGACGAGGAGGGCCCUGCCGCUAUCGAGUCCGGCUUCCAGAACUCCGCUGGUGCUGACUGGGAGACUCCCGCCGCUGGCUUCGCCGGUGCCUCUGGCACUGCUGCCGCCCCCGGCUGGGACGGUGCUGCUGGUGAGGAGUGGGGUGCUGCUCCCGCUAACACCGAGUGGGCUGCCUCCGCUGAGGCCCCCAAGGAGUCUCAGUGGUAG